AGGUCUCUUCGGGGGACUCAAACUUGAUGCCAUGGAUUGCUGCGCGGACUCAUGGCGGCGCCUUUCGGAUUCCGAAGGGGAGGAGACCGCCCCCGAACACCGGUCUCCGCUGUUGGGCCAUCGGGGUGCUUUUUGGAAGAACGCGAUGGGCUUUUGGCUUCUAGGCCUUUGCAACAACUUUUCUUACGUGGUGAUGCUCAGUGCUGCCCAUGACAUCCUCAAACACCAGAGGACACCUGGGAACCACAGCCAUGUGGACCCAAGUCCAACACCUGUCCCUCAUAAUGGCUCAUCUCAUUUUGACUGCAACUCUGUCUCCACAGCUGCGGUGCUCCUGGCAGACAUUCUUCCUACCCUCCUCAUCAAAUUGCUGGCUCCUUUUGGCCUUCAUUUGGUGCCCUACAGCCCUCGGGUGCUCAUCAGUGGGGUUUGCGCUGCUGGAAGCUUCAUCCUGGUUGCCUUUUCUCAGUCUGUGGGAACCAGCCUGUGUGGUGUGGUCUUGGCUAGCAUCUCAUCAGGCCUGGGGGAAAUCACCUUCCUGUCACUCACCUCCUUCUACCCCAGGGCCGUGAUCUCCUGGUGGUCCUCGGGUACUGGUGGAGCUGGGCUGCUGGGGGCAUUGUCCUACCUGGGUCUCACCCAGGCUGGCCUCUCCCCACAGCACACCCUGCUGUCCAUGCUGGGUAUCCCUGCCCUCCUGCUGGCCAGCUAUUUCUUGUUGCUCACAUCCCCGGCAGCCCAGGAUCCCGGAGGGGAAGAAGAGGCAGAAACAGCAGCUCAGCAGCCCCUAAUGAGCAACGAGCCCCCAGAAUCAAAAGCAGACUCCAGCUCAGGCCUCUCCCUUCAGGAAAGGUGGACAGUGUUCAAGAGCCUGCUGCCACACAUCAUACCCUUGGUCCUGGUCUAUUUUGCUGAGUAUUUCAUCAACCAGGGACUGUUUGAGCUCCUCUUCUUCCGGAACACCUCUCUUACUCAUGCUGAGCAGUACCGCUGGUACCAGAUGCUGUACCAGGCCGGCGUCUUUGCCUCCCGUUCUUCUCUCCGGUGCUAUCGCAUCCGCUACACUUGGGCCUUAGCCCUGCUGCAGUGCCUCAACCUGGGCUUCCUGAUGGCAGCCGUGUGGUUCAACUUCCUACCAAGCAUCUACCUCGUCUUUCUGAUCACUCUGUAUGAGGGGCUCCUGGGAGGUGCAGCCUACGUGAACACCUUUCACAACAUUGCCCUGGAGACCAGUGAUAAGCACCGGGAAUUUGCCAUGACAGCUGCCUGUAUCUCCGACACCUUGGGGAUCUCCUUGUCAGGGGCCGUGGCCUUGCCCCUGCAUGAUUUCCUGUGCCGUCUCUGAUACCCCAGUUCCUUGGGAU